AUGAUUUUCCUUGCUGUGAACUUAUUCGUGUUGCUUUUCUCCCCAGUUCUCGCCAGUGUCACAGGAUGCACUUUCAGCAAUUCCUCCUGUCUUACUGCUGGCUCCAAUAUAACUAAAUUUAAUAAUGGUGUUUUUGCAGCUUCUUAUGAAGCAGCUUCUUAUUCUGCCUUAGGCUCCUAUUCCUCAUGGGACCAGAAUAUCACUGUCGCCAGUGGCGAAUCUUUGGUUAUCAAAAGUUAUCUCCUUGCCGAAACUUCUGGAACUUACACCUUUUUCCUUUAUUCUGAUCUAGCUAUUGGUGGAUGGGUUGGGGCGGAGACUGCAUUUGCUUGUGGUGGUUUGACUCACCAAACUGUCGCUGCUUAUGCGGAUGCUGGUAUUGGCGCCCCAUUCUUUGAUGCUUCCUCGGGAUAUGACACCUAUACAGUUUCAUUAACUCCUGGGUAUUAUCCUGUGAUGGUCCAAGUGAUCAAUACUCUUCCACCUUCUGGAAAAUUCAACUUCUCGAUCACUGAUCCUAGUGGGGAACUAAUUCAGGAUACCAAUUUAUACGCUCCUUCUGUUGAUGAUUCUGUUUGUUACGUUGCUCCUGUUUCUACUUCUUCUACAUCAACUACUUCCACUUCCACUUCCACUUCCACUUCCACUUCUACAAUUUCUACUUCUACAACUUCUACUUCUACAACUUCUACUUCUACUUCUACUUCUACUUCCACUACGAACUCAAUUUCCACCGCCUCUAAUUCAACUGUCUCCAUCCCAACGAGCUCUAAUUCAUUGACUUUCAUCUCAUCGAACUCCACUUCCACCGCUAGUGCUACUGCUACUACCUCCAGUUCUUCCGCUUUUAAUGGAACCACAGCAGGCUAUAACGAUACUGUCUCCACUACAGCCAACUCUUCUUUAACAUAUACUGCAAGUUCCAAUACCACUUUAUCAAUGACUUCUAGUCCUUACAGUUCUAUCAGUAGUAAUUCUUUGAAUCUUACUUCCUUGGUCACAGCUGUGACUGGUUCCUCAAACACUGCUACUCCUCUUUUCAGCAACUCUACGGCUACUAGCUCUGUCUCUUCUGGAUCUGGUGCUUCAAUAGUUACCUCCGUUGUGGUUACGGAAAUUGACGCUACUGUUUUAUACACCAUAACCUCCUGCGGUACAAAGACUUGCUACCCAGUUGUCACUAGCUCUGUCCACAAAACUAUCACUUCAUACACUACCUACUGUCCAUUGACUGCUUUGAAAAAUUCAGUCUCUGGAUCUGAAUCUAUUACCGCAGCUUCUGAAACUGAAGCCGCUGGCUCUAACUUGGGUUCUGAAUCUUCCACCCUCGUUAACGGAAGCACUACUAAAACCAAUGGAUCAGGAUCAUCAACUCCAACCUUGGAAUCCUCAGAUGUGACUUCAUCUGCUUCUAUAUUUGAGUCGCACUCCUCUAAUUCCACUGCUCCUUCAGUCGGUGUCCAAGAAGCCAAUGGUGCUCCUACCCUUUUGAAAUCAGGUGCUUUGACUAUGAUUGGAUUUUUGAUUCCUUUUUUCCUUUAG